GUCACAUCUACUAGCUCACCUGAUCUGUGCCACCACAUCUUCAGAGGAUACAGAAAGGUGCUAUUAGGACAUCUGACAGCCAAGGAAGCAGAGACGCAAAUGGUUAAUGUCAAGCCCAGGACCACAGAGCUACUAGCAGAGACUACACCUAUGCCUCUGACUUCACAUCACACUCUGCCGCACUCCCUCUCCUGUGUGAGGGCUGCCCCAGGAAAAGAGGAAAGACAGGAGCUAUUCUAGGCAAAGGAACCUUAAAUCUGAAAGCAGAAGAUGAAUUGCAAGGAAGUGCAGCUCCAGGACAUGUUCUCCUAUCUUCCCAUCAGACCUCAGCCAGCAGCCAUGGACACAGGCCUGUCUUUCCUCUGCGCUGCUUCCCCACCCUGGUUCCCGUUCUAAGGUAGGUCCCUCCCAGACCAUUAUGGCUGGGACGUGCAGCAUCUUUUUUCUCUGCUUCUCCAGUAACAGCUGGUUCCGCUCAACUCCCAAAGAUGAUUUUCAAGAACCCCAACACUUCUAUCUGCCUGGGCUGCCAGAAAGAGAAAAGGCACCCUCAGAGACGCUGAAGACCACCCUCCAGAAGCCGCCACCACUUUCUAUCAUGUGACUAGCUCUGGGUGCUCCUUGACUAGUGAAAGGGGCUGGCUCAAAUGGCACAGACAUUGAAGAUCUUCCUGAAGAAGACAGGAAGAGAUGCUCAGGUCAGGGAGGGAAUGAGACCCCUGGGGAAGGGACUCCUCCCAGCUGAGGAGUUGAUUAGAAGCAAUCCUGGAGUUGGCAGGAGCCUUAGAGACGGCCUGAGCCAGCCUUCCAGGAAGCUGGCUGAGGCGCUUGGGAGCAAGAGACUAAAACCAGCCAAGUUUGGGACAGAAGGGAAGGAAAGGGUUGAGCAGCGAACAGAAAAACAAAGAACAGGCAGUUCCAAAGAGCCAAGAAUGCAAAUCAUUUGCAGACGCCGCCGGUGAGAGCCCCCACCAAGGCUGCUGUGGGGGUGCCUGAUGCCACGGGCACAGCCACUUCUACACGUCACGGUGAGCGUGAGCCCAUGCAUGCGUAUGAGAAUGCAGGCCACUGGGAGAGACUCACAUCUGUGGUUUCUUCAAAAACACUGCAGCCCACAGUGA